CAGAAUAUUAUUAGGACGCUGAGAGAAACAUUUUAAAACCAAAUUAAGACAUUCUUCUAAGCCCGCACGAAUAGCUGGAAUAGAAAUAAAAAAGAUGACAGUAGAAAAAAAAAUAUUAUUCAUAAAUUGUAAUACUGUAUAUAUUUAAAUAGGUUCAAACAAAAGAUUGUUUCUCUUUUGCUAGAUGAAGCCAAAGCCAUGCACACAGGUAACCUAGUAAACCGUUAUCCUCGCGCAUGCACAUAUCUUUGUUCAAGCAGACGAAUAAAUGACGAUAAAUGCGAUUAAAACACAUAUACGCAGUCUUCCAAAUGUGAAUAGCAAGAUCAAAUGUUGUUCUUGUAACUCGCCCCAGCUCAGGCAGGGUUGAGCUAAUUGUAGCCUAAUCCUGCCCCGGGGCGUUUGGAGAGCCUUGAGCAAGAAUUCUUGUUCAGCUGUCCUCUGUUAUUCGGGCUGGAACGCUGUGCCUUCAACGCUCUCUCACGCUUCAACAAAAAAGGAGCAAGAAAAAAAAAAAGCGAGGCUAAGACACGCCACGAUCGAUCUCAUGUUUUAAAGAGGGCUGAAGAUACAUUUACAGCUAUGUCUUCCAAGGAGGGAAGGAGCAUGUCUCGGCUGUCUUUGACCCGGUCCCCAGUGUCUCCUCUGGCCUCUCAGGGAAUCCCACUGCCGGCUCAGCUGACUAAAGCAAACGCUCCAGUCCACAUUGACGUAGGCGGGCACAUGUACACCAGCAGUCUGGCCACCCUCACCAAAUACCCAGACUCCAGAAUCAGCCGCCUGUUCAACGGCACAGAACCGAUUGUUUUGGACAGUCUGAAGCAGCAUUAUUUUAUCGACAGAGACGGAGAGAUAUUCCGCUUCAUCCUGAGCUACCUGAGAACCGGCAAACUGCUUCUUCCUGAUGACUUCAGGGAGUUCCAGCUGCUGUACGAGGAGGCUCGGUUCUACCAGCUGACGCCCAUGGUGAAAGAGCUGGAGCGCUGGAAACAGGACCGGGAGCAGCGGCGGACGGCUCAGCCCUGCGAGUGCCUGGUGGUGCGGGUGACCCCUGACCUGGGCGAGAGGAUUGCCAUCAGUGGGGACAAGGCCCUCAUAGAAGAGAUUUUCCCAGAGACCGGGGAUGUCAUGUGCAAUUCAGUCAACGCCGGCUGGAACCAGGAUCCAACCCAUGUUAUUCGCUUUCCACUGAAUGGCUACUGCAGGCUCAAUUCUGUACAGGUCCUGGAGAGACUGUUCCAGAAAGGCUUCAGCAUGGUGGCGUCAUGCGGCGGGGGCGUGGACUCCUCCCAGUUCAGCGAGUAUAUCCUGAGUCGGGAGGACAGACGGUGUCAGACAAGCCACACGCCCAUCCGGAUAAAACAGGAGCCUAUGGACUAGCCAGCUCUUGCACCAACCACGAACACCUCAGUCUGCUUUCACAAAAAACCCCCCCCAAAAAACGCCAGCGGACAAAUAGAAGGCUUUAUUUGCAAGAAGAGUCUGCUUCGACUCUUCGGACUCCAAGAGGACUGAAAUCUUCGUAAAUGUUCGAGUAAUUUCAUCAACGACCCCAAAACUCCUCCAAAAGAUGCUUUACAAACCCACGCGAGCCACAGGGUGGCUUUUCAGCUGACCUCGAGUUGAACUUUUUAACUCUUUAUUU